GUUUUCUGGCACGAGCAUCAAUAUCAAGCAUCAACGCCAGCCCGUGGUCACGAUUCGGAAUCAAGGCUCUCUCGACAGCGGAGCUUCCACGGUACUGCCAGGAAGGUCACAAAAGGGCCGAGAGUAAAGGAGGAGGAAGAAUCGCACGUCAUCCCCAUCAUCAAAGCUCGCUUCUCAUCCAAGGAGGAGCGCUCUGAGUGCCAUCCGAGGAACCCCACGACACGAAGCGCUUGCAGUUGGCAGAUUAACGGCAGAGAGAGGAUGCUGGCAUCCGCGUGCCCCUGCCUCAUGCGCCUGCUCGCAUCCGCCGCACUGCUCCUGUGGACAACAUCCAUCGUCCCUGUACUCGCACAGUCCGCAUCCAGGAGCCAAGAGCUGGCCUCGGACGCACUGGUGCCUAUCAGGACGCACUCAAUAGCAGCACCAUAUGUGGACUCUAACCUCCAGAACAAGUUCUGGGACUUUGGUGGUGACACGAUCGUCGACACAAGCAGGGCCGUGCGCCUGACUCAGGACAAACCCAGCCAAACCGGGUGGCUAUGGAGCCGAUCUACGCUAUCACCCGUCAACUACCAGAUCAUAAUCGAAUUCAAGAUUGAUGGACACAACCCUCAUUUGUUUGGCGAUGGGUUUGCCAUGUGGCUGACAACCGAGCGGGCUCUGACAGGUCCCGUCUUUGGCUCGAAAAAUCACUUUACCGGUGUCGGCAUCAUCUUUGACACAUACGCGAACACCAGACACGCAUACUCUUUUCCUCGCGUCAUGGCCGUCUCGGGCAACGGGAUCGAUGCAUACGUCACAGCUCAGGACGGGGCUAAUCUCGAGGUUGGUGGUUGCAGCGUCGAUAUCAGACGGGCGGCAGUGGCAACGAAAGCCAAACUCACAUACGUUAAAAGCGCGUACCUCGAGCUGCAGCUCCAAUAUAACGAUUGGGACGAAUGGGAGACAUGUUUCAAUCUCGAAAACAUUGCCAUCCCCGAGCAUCCAUUUUUGGGCUUCACCGCGCUUACAGGGGAUGUCAGCGAUAACCACGAUAUCAUCUCUGUGGAGACCCACACAAUCGUGGCCAAACCAAAAACAUCGCCUCAGAUGCGUGCUGACCGUGAGGCAUCCAAGUCCAAGGCAGAGGGUCGCAAGCAAAGGCACCCAUCUAGCAGCAAUGUCAGUGGCGGAUUCUUUGCCUUUUUGUUCUCUUUUAUCUUCACCUUGAUCAAAUGGGCGAUCAUCAUUGGGGCUGUUGGAACAGCGGUCAUGUUCGGUCUUCGGUACAAGAAAAAGCAAGAUGCAAAACGCUUCUAGAAGACUUUGCAUGUAUCUUUCUUGUUGCACAACAUUGACCACAGUGGUGUGUCUCAAGGACUUGCAUUCGCGAAAAAGUUGCUGCGAUACCAGCGCAGCUC